AUGCCGGCGUCAGUAGCAUUCGGGAGGAAUGAAAAAUGGCGAAUAAAUCGGAACAUUUUCAUCCUCGGCUUCGCGUUUAUGGUGCACUUUACAGCCUUCCACGGAGCUGCCAAUCUUCAAAGCUCAGUGAACACUGACGAUGGAGCAGGAACCUUCACACUGGCAGCUAUUUACUUCUCGCUUAUCCUCUCUAAUAUAUUUUUACCAGCCAUGGUCAUUAAAUGGUUAGGAUGUAAGUGGGCGAUUGCGGUAUCUUUCAUAGCGUAUAUGCCCUUCAUUGCUGCACAGUUCUAUCCCUACCUUCAUACCCUCGUGCCAGCAGGAAUGAUGGUUGGUUUUGGUGGUGGACCACUCUGGUGUGCCAAGUGUACAUACCUGUCCGUGGUUGCGGAACCAUAUUCAAAACUGUCAGGAAUAUCAUCCGAAGUGCUGGUGAUGAGAUUCUUUGGGCUGUUCUUCAUGUUUUAUCAGAUGGCACAGAUAUGGGGGAACUUGGUGUCGUCUGCAAUAUUAUCAUCAUCUCUAGGAGAGUCCACUGAAUUCUUGCUAAAUGAAACUAUCGCGUCAGAUGCAGCCUCAUUAAGCAACAUCUCUGUUCUAACACAAGAUUUAGGAGCUACAUGUGGAGUCAACUUCUGCAACGGUGGUGAUGUUCAUGAGAACACUAACCUGAAGCCUCCAUCAGCAUUGAAGAUCCAGGUGAUAGCUGGAGUAUAUCUAGCGUGUAUGGCUGCUGCGAGUAUUCUUGUAGCUGUUGGAGUCGAUUCUCUGAAUAGGUACAACGCAGGUCGUCAAACUGCCAGUCAGGGUAAGUCCGGUCUCCAUUUGCUGUCGGUGACGCUGAGGCAGUUAAGACACAAGUAUCAGUUGCUGCUGUUGCCGGUCAUUGGAUAUAUUGGAGCUGAGCAAGCGUUCAUGGCCGCUGAUUUCACACAGGCGUUCGUGGGUUGUGCAUACGGUAUCAGUAAUAUAGGCUUCGUAAUGAUAUGUUUCGGCGUGUUCAAUGCUCUCGCCGCUCCUAUAGCAGGAGCUCUUGUCAAACUAACCGGCAGAUACCCGGUCAUGUGUACAGCACUUUUAUUAAACCUAUGUCUAUUGUCGGCGCUCAUCUCCUGGCGUCCAAACCCUGAUCAAUGGCUGGUGUUCUAUGGCCUGGCAGCCAUCUGGGGCUGUGCUGAUGCUGUGUGGCUGGUGCAAGUUAAUGCUCUCUCAGGUAUAUUAUUCCCUGGUAACGAAGAGGCAGCGUAUUCUAAUUUCCGUCUCUGGGAGGCGACAGGUAGCGUCCUAUCUUAUGCUUCUGCACCUUAUCUCUGUGUUCGGACAAGAUUGUACAUUCUAUUGGGAUUACUGCUAAUGGGCUUCUCAGGAUACACUACGAUUGAAGUCAUGGAAUAUCAAGCGAAGAGGAGACAUCACCAGGAGAGAAACUUCGAGCUGGUCUCAGCUAAGGAACAGGAAUGA